AUGUCUGCCUCAAUUGCAUCCGGACCUGUUCUACUCAAUAGAAUAUUGACUCUGAGAGAAAAUACACCAUUUGUUCUAGCCUUAGACACUGCCUUACAGUCAUCUUUUAACAUAACUAAAGAGUUCAUAUAUAAAACUAGAUCCACAAACCUUCCAGUUAAAAUUAUUUUCGUUUCGUUUGAAACAAAACAAGUACAUUUUUCAGUUGAUGAAUUUAUUGAUGGUUUAAAGGUACCUUUUGAUCAGCUUAUAGAGCAGCUAGAGAGAGUUCUAUCCAAAUACGAAAAUGCUCAAAAAUUAAUUAUAUUUGACUCGUUCAACUAUUUGAAGACAGUACAACAAGUUACCAUUUUAAUACACAAAUUGAUGAGAUCAACAACCACCGUAUAUGGCACUUUUCAUCUAGAUAUCUCCACAACAAGAAACCUUGGGUCUCCAAAUGGGCCGACAAUUUUAAAGCUAUUGCGAUACGUGGCGACAUCAAUCUUAGAAUUAAUACCAGCCGGUAUUAGAAAUAAAAAGCCAGAUGAUUUGUACGACAUGAUAUUUGGGAUGGAUAUGCCGGUAGGCGAAUGCAAUAGAAAAGAUUUUAAAUGUACAUUAAUAUAUAGACGGAAAUCUGGCAGAGCAAUGACAUAUCAGAUAUUAGUGGAUUCAAAAGAGCAUACAUAUAAACAGGCUGAGAGCAGAAGUGACAAUAUGCAAUCAAAAUCUCAAAACGAUGGAGAUGAGCUCCUUAACAAUCUUACAACAUUUAAUCUAUCAACAACCAGGGAGCAAAGGGUAGCAAAGGAGAGGGUUGAGUUACCAUUUAUAGAAGCACAAAAAAAUAUAGGAUCAAUAGCAGGGUCAACUGUUUACGAAUUUGACAAGGAUGACGACUAUGAUGAUGAUGACGUCGACAAUCCGUAUGAGGAUCCAAUGUGA